AGUAUCUUUUACAAAUCGGUAAUAUUUAAACAACAUUUUUGGAUUUAUGUAUUAUUUGGCGUGCAAGUAAAAUUAUAUAAAAAAUACAUAUAUUAAAAAAUAUUACUUAUUUCUUUACUAUAUUUUACUGCAUGGUCCAUAUUAUUGUACUCUUUGACCCCAGGAAGAAUUUCUGAAACAUACUAAACAGAAUUUUAUGAUUAGUUUUUCAGACGUACGAAAUUCUAUGUUGUACUGAUUUUUACCGAAAAAAAAUUUUGAAAUAUUAAUAAGUGUUCAUUGCCAAUGUAAAUUACUCACCGAUACCCUAGAUAUGUGUGUGUGUGUGUGUGAUACCUACUAGCGCUGCGUGGAUUUAUAUCCCCAACUAAAAACGUGUUCCACUUCCCCGCAUCUGCGUUUGGCCCACCUGGCUUUGUUCAUGUCACCAUGUCUAAAAAUUGUGCACACCUACUAUAUACGAACUAAAAUAGUACAAGCAAAAUGCCGCCAAAAUCAGAAAAGGAAGCAAUAGUAUUGUUAAUAAAUAUUGGAGUGACAUGUCCCAAUACCGAAAAUAAUUCUAGUUUAUUGGAAAAGAUUAAACACAUUUCAAAAAGAAUAAUAGAAAAGAAGAUAUUUCUACGGCCAAAGGAUGAAAUCGCUGUACUACUGAUGGGUUCUCCUAUUACAAAGAAUUGUUUAAAUACAGAACAUGUAAGAGAACUUACAGAUUUUCAGAUUCCAAAUUGGGACUUAAUACAAGAAAUUAUGAAUGUUUGUGGAACAAAUUAUUGUUCUAAUUGGAUUGAAGCACUCUAUGCUACAACAGAAUUCAUAAAAAAAAAUGUUAUCGAUAAUUCUAUGAAAAAAGUGAUUUUAAUGUCAGAUUUUAACGAAGAAGAUGACAUUAUUUCGCAGUUUGAGACAGAUUCGAUAGCAGAUCUACUUCAUACGGAAAAAAUUGAGUUCCUUUCAAUAGGAGAGGAAGCAUUAGACGACAGACCUGAAAACACUCUUAAAAUUAGUGAACUAUUUCUAAAAGAUAUUCAUAAGAAGAUGAACAGUCAACAUAUAACAUUUUCUAAUGCUAUAUCCGAUUUAAGAUUUUAUCUUGAGAUACCACCAAAACCAGCACCAUGGAAUGCUAUUUUAGAAUUAGUCGAUAUUAAGAUUCCAAUCGUUAGUUAUAUUAAGGUAACGGAUACAAAAAAAUUUCCAGCAUGGAAAAUAGCCAAAGGCGACAAAAAAGUAAUAUCGGUGAGUGAAUACUCGGACAGGCAAAGAACUGUGUAUAACAAGGAAGAAAUGGUAUCAGGGUAUAAAUACGGAGGCGAUUUUAUUCCAGUUGAAAAAACUCUAGAGGAAGCCAUGAGUUACAAAAGCGGACCACAAAGCUAUAAGAUUUAUAGUUUUACAAAGAGAAGUAAUAUUGGUUUGGAACAUUGGUAUGAUUAUACUACACGUAUUGUUUUACCCCGAUUAAAAAAUGCAGAAGAUCCAUUUUUUAGUCUUGUAUUAGCAAUGCACAAAAUGGAUGUGGUUGCCAUUGUAAGAAAAGUUUAUAGAAAUGAUUGUGCGCCUAAAAUGGUAACGUUGUUUCCGUGCAUCGAUAUUCCUGAUGAACCAUGGUGCUUGGUAGAAAUAUCUUUAGCAUUUGCAGAAGAUCGAAGAGUAAUGGACACAAGACCCAUUAAAUCUGUUAUGAAACAGUUAUCCAAUGAACAGAAUGAAGCCAUAGACAAUUUGUUAGACUCCCUAAUGUUACCUGAAACGGAAGAUAGUUACGCAUUAGAAGGGAGUCAAUAUUUUUUACCGGGAAGUGUAUCGGAUCCUGCGGUACAGCAUAGAUGGCACAUGUUGUCGCAUCGCGCACUUAAUCCGGAUAAACCAUUACUGCCCAUGGAAGAUUACUUAUGCAAAAUUUUUGAAGUUCCGUCAGUGAAAGAACAAAGUAGAAGCCAUCUUCAAAGAAUUGCACAAUUGUUUCAAUUGGAAAGCAUAAAUCAUAAAGCGGAACAAAAAGAGGAAUCUAAAAAAGAAGACAAUGUACAGGAUGGUAAUAGGAUCGAAGAGUUUAUUAAAACUGAUGAUAAGAACGAUAAUGCAGACUCUUUGAAGGAACCAGUUAUGUUUAUGGAUACAUCAGACAUCGAUUUGGACGAACUGGUUGCCAAUAUAUAAUUUAUGGUAUUUACAUAAAAUGUUAACUGAAUAGCUUGCAAAUUCUAUUAAAAUACAUUUGAAAUGUAAUAUAUAUUUUAGCGUACAAAUAAAUAAUUAAUAUAUUUUUGUAUGAAAA